ACACACACGAUCGGUCUCAACCUGUAGACCUGUCUGCGAGGAGGACCGAGGCAGCCAGGGAGGGGUUACCGCCGACAUAACUCCCAACUAUCCGUAUAAUAAACUAAACCAGGAGGGGAGGGGACAAGAGAUAUCGCUUUCCCCCUUUCUUCUUCUUUUUUUUUUUGGGGAGGGGGGACUACUGUGCCCUAGAUACUCUACUUUCGGAAAAAAAAAAGAAGACGAUAUUCGUCUGUGGCGCUGAGGUUGUUUGAGGGGGGGUGUCGGUGGGAGAAGAGAAAGUGCAUGUUUAAUGGCAUUUUGCAAGUCUCCGCGGCGCUCUCCGGGUGGAAGAGGACACACCGCUGCGCGAGUUAGCUCACGGUAGCUCGCUAACAAGCUGGCUGACAUGGCUGUCUAACGGGCUGCCAAAGAUCUCUUCAUGGAUCACAGAGGACGGCAAAGAGAAACCACUGAAUCCGUGAGCCCAGCCAAUAACUGAGGGAAUCCGACCCGCGAGCGUAUCAUCGGACCGACGCCGGUCGCAUGUGGCCUCUUGAGUGCGUCACAGACAUCUGUUGGGCGGACCGAAGGCCUUUUGCUAUGCACUAUAAACGGAAAGACGCGAGCCGCCUCCGCGGCGCCGCCGCCGGGAGGAGCGCGCUUCUUUCCCACAGGACUAUCCCUCUGAUAAUCGGGCUCCUGGUGACCAUGGCCCAGGGGGCCGCGCCGGAGCAGCAGGACGCGCUGGUGGAGAUGCUCUCGUUGGAACUGGAGGCCUCCAUGCAGUCCUCCGUGCUCUCCGAGCUCCGGGCCGCGGCGUCUUCCGUGGCCGAGGGAACGACUGCGGUCGUCCCAGAGUACUCUGCGAAGAACGGGGGAGUGCACACCGGCAUCCCCGACUCCUCGGCGAUCGUCGGCCAGGUGUUUCAGUUGAAGGUUCCUCCGGGACCGGCAAAUGCAACCUGUAAUGUCCGUCUCACCGAAAUGGGAAAGGAGACGUUACCCUAUUGGCUGUACUGGGACAAAGAGAGCUGCAUCCUGAGAGGCUUGGCCCUGGAGCAGGAUAAAGGCGUGCACCAUAUCUUGGCGUCUGGAGAGGAGACGACGGAGAAGACCGGCAACCAAGUGUCCCCGAGUACGGUCUUCUCUAUCGAAGUGUACCCGGAAGAGCGAGCGGACGCCGAGCCGACCCUGCUCGCCCCGCAGUCCGACGGCGGUGGCGGCGGCGGCGUCCAGCCUUUCACCUGCGGCGCCGAGGAGCUCGUCACCGUCCUCACUGUCAUCCUGGAUGCCGACCUGACCAAGAUGGUCGCCGAGCAGAGGGUCAACCUACUGGGCGUCAUGAGGAAAUUCUCCCACGUGCCCCUGGAGCACAUGCGGGUGGUCCCGGUUGUAAACAACCGUUUAUUCGACAUGUCCGCUUUCAUGGCCGGACCGGGGAAUGCCAAGAAAGUGGUGGAAAACGGGGCGCUCCUGUCGUGGAAACUAGGAUGCGCCCUCGACCAGGGCGGCAUCCCCGACAUUGACAGCGUCCAAUCCUCGGCAAAGGACGGCACCAUGUCAGCCAGGCUGGGUUACCCGGUGGUCGGCUGGCACAUCGUGAACAAAAAGCCCCAUGGAGUGAAACGGGUCCGGCGGCAGUUGUACAACACUCCCACCCCGGUGCCCUCCCUGCUUCCCCCGACUUCUCACCCAGAGCCCCCCGUCCGAGUGGUUCCCACGCCAACUUCGCCCUCCAUCGCCCUGGCAACAGAACACUCUGCUCCCCCCGUCCGGGGUCCUUUGCCUCUUCCGGUGAAGCCCACUAUGAGGGUCAGAGAUCAGAUAGCCCACACGCCUGUAUUUGGACCUCCCCAACCCACGAGGGUACUAGGAACCACAAGCACCAUCCCCAUUCUGCCCACCAUGACCCGGCCUACAAUUGUGGAGGCCACCGCUUUGCCGACACCGCCGAGCACCACCAAAAGACCCAAACCCUCAGCCACGAGGAAACCCAAGAAAAUCAAAACCUCCACCCCGGCUCCCCGGGAGCCCAAGUCCACCACGCCUAAACCGCCCAAACGCACCACUCCUCUGACGUUGACUCCUGACCAAAAUCAAAACCCAGAGAUCCGCAAUGCCAUCGAUCAGGUGAACGCCUGGGUCGGCACAUACUUUGAGGUCAAGAUUCCUCCGGAUACCUUCUACGACCGGGAGGACGGUACUACCGACAAGCUGCGUUUGACUCUGAAACAGACGCCCAAAGAAGCGGUCAACGAAACAUCUUGGAUACAGUUCAACAGCACUAUCCAGCUGUUGUACGGCCUACCGGAGGAGCAGCACGCGGGCAAACACGAGUUCUUCAUGCUGGCCACGGACAAGGGUGGGAAGAGCAUCAUGGACGCCUUCGAGGUUCAAGUCAACCGUUGGUCGAGUCACGACAAGCCAUCCGUUGUGUUCGCUGCGCGGUUCCACGGUGACCCCAAAACGUUGAGCAACGACGUCCACAAGAAGAUUCUUCUGACCAAAAAGUUGGCGUACGCCCUCGGCGAUCGCAACAGCAGCACGGUGACCCUCAGGAGCAUCACCAGGGGCUCCAUUGUGGUGGAGUGGACCAAUAACAGUCUGCAGCAGAGCCCUUGUCCAAAGGACCAAAUCUCAGUCCUCAGCAACAGGAUCGCCGACCCCCAAGGGACGCCGAAGCCGGUCUUCGCCAAAGCCAUGGAGCCCGAUUUCAAACCCAUCAACAUCUCCAUCCGCGGCACCAAUAAAUGUCAGAGCUACACCUUCGUCCCGCCGGGGGUGGUGCCCAUGCCGGCUCUCCCCACCGCCACGCCGUCGCCCGGGACGGGUCGGAGGAGCAGCGACGACGUCUACCUGCACACGGUCAUUCCUGCCGUCGUGGUGGCCGCCCUGCUGCUCAUCGCCGGCAUCAUCGCCAUGGUCUGCUACCGCAAGAAGCGCAGGGGCAAGAUGACCAUCGAGGAGCAGGCCACGUUCAUCAAGAAGGGGGUCCCCAUAAUAUUCGCGGACGAGUUGGACGAUUCCAAGUCGCCGCCGUCCUCCAGCAUCCCGCUCAUCCUGCAGGAGGAAAAGCCCCCGCUUCCCCCUCCGGAGUACCCCAACAUGUCCGGUCCGCACAGCACCCUGCUGGACCAGGAUCUAAUGGAGGAGUACUCCAUUUAUCAAGACGACGACCCCAACGCGCCUCCUUACCAGCCCCCGCCACCAUUUACCGUCCCCAUAGAGGGCAAGGGCUCUCGCCCCAAGAACAUGACCUCCUACAGGUCCCCACCCCCCUACGUGCCUCCCUAACGCACACCGGGGGGCUUUCGUUUUUUUGGAAAGCGGGUGCGUUGUUAAAAAAAAAAAAAAACUACCAACAGGAGUAAUUUUACAUGUGUUGAAUUAAAACGGCUUUGACUUUUGUAGAGGAGCAGGCGACCACACCCACAUAUUUGACCAUCAUGGAUAAGACACUAUCGUACAAUUACUACAAGUACUACAAGUACUACUACUACUGGCACAGGGCAAACGGACGGGGGACAGUUUGUACUUCUUCUUUUUUCUUUUUUUUUGUCGUUCUUCAGAUCUGCUUCUGACUUCUUGCAUAUUCUUUUAUUUUAUUUUGCCAAGAAGAGUCCUCUUUUUUAUUUUUUAAAUCUUCAAUGAUGUGCUAUUUCUAUUGUAUAGAAAAUAAUAAAGACGCAGGAAAGACUGAAAGCCCGCAGGAUGUCACCAUGACAACAGACUCGAGGCCCCCCCCCCCCCCCCUUCGCCAUGUUAAUCUUUAUGAGUUCUAUAUCACUCUUAUCUGUCCUUCGGCUAGGUUUACUAAGAUGUUGCACCUGUUAUUUCUAGAGGGGAAUGAAAUACCGAAAGCAUGAAACGCUUUCUUUACACACAAAUCAGUUUGUUUCUUCUAACUCUGAUUUCUCUCUCUCUCUCUCUCUCUGACUCUCUCUCUCUCUGACUCUCUCUCUCUCCCCCCCCCCUCGACAAUAACACGCGAACCUUGCACUUAUGCAAUUUCUUGUUAAACCUUGCACUAUGUGUCUUUUGCGCAGAAAUGAACACGUUUUAGUCCAAUAAGGAGAACAGAUUUCUUCUUUUUUUUUUUCUUGUAUCCUCGAGCUCGACACCCACGACUUGAGAUUCCUCCGCUACUCGACCACAAAAAAGGAGACGCCACACGGAUCACGCCCGUUUCUAGAUGUAGCCUAAUGAAGUUACAGAACAAAUAAUUACUUUUUAUUUCUCCUUUUUUAGUGUGUGUGUGUGUGUGUGUGUGUGGGUGGGUGUGUGCGCGCCACUAAACCUGCCUGUGAGACGACUGGUUUUGCUGUUGCCACGGUGAUAUCUGCGGUCACAAGGCAAACCGUGUGUGGUUGCUGCAACAAUAAUGAAGGGGCCAAUGGAACGCUGUGGUUCACAGCGGGGUGAGAAUUGGUGACAGUCAAUGAGGUGGAUCCACUGUCUUGUGUGAGGGGGGGUAAGGAGGUGAGGGGGGGUACUUUAUUAUCGCUGCCCGGCCUCUCUCGUCGGGGUUUGGUGCACGGCCGGUUGUUGGUUCAGGGGGGGGGGGGGGGGGGGUGUACAUAAUUGUGUGCCUGUGAAAUUAAUCGACUCCAUUACGUUAGCGUCAUAAGUAAACCUAGUCGGGGACAGGGGCGGGGGGCGGGGGGGGGGCCCAGAGCGUGGGCAAAUAAUUUUAUUUUUUAAUUGUAUUGUCUAGAUUUACGAUCACAAUCAUGGAAGAAAUAAAUAAAAAAAGACUUUAUAGUUUGUGACGGUACAAAAGAAACGUUUACCUACCCAUCACAAAAAUAAAAAUAAUGCAUCAUCUCAAGACGGUUGACAACAACGACAAUAUGUGAAUUAUGUACAUUUCAUAUCUGAUAUCACCAUAAGAAAAAAUGGUUAAAAAAUCUAAUGUUUUUACUGAGUUUUUGAUACAGUCUUAAACUUGUUUUAUGAAAAUAUAUUAAUAAAAUGUAAUACUAUUUGUAAAGCCUCAAA